UCUCUCUCUCUCUCUCUCUCUCUCUCUCUCUCUCUCUCUCUCUCGCCCUUUCAUUGUGCGUCUCUCUUGCACAGGCGGGAGCACGAAGGUACCGUAAAUCCCCGCUGACCUUCCGCUGAACCUUUCGGAGAUUCUCGAUCCUCGCGAUCGGCAAACGAACGCGCUCGUUGAAUGCGUUUUCGCUCGGUCUUCCGUUGCGAGAAGUCCGCAGACCCUGACGCUGCGAGAUUCUUUUAUCGAUCGGCCUCGGUAGUGGCUCGAGUUCUCCUCCGCAUCGAUUUCCGAUCGUCGCCUUCGCGGCGGAUACCGCGCGCGCGCGGCGCUUUACAUUUUUAUUCAAUAUCUACGAGCGGUUCUUUUCCCUCGUCAUUAGUAAUCACCUCUGUACUUGACACCAUUCUCUAGAUAGAUAGAAGCACGUGACGGUAAGUAGGAUUAUAUACUCGCAGGUAAGAGAGAGAGAGAGAGAGAGAGAGAGAGAGAGAGAGAGAGAGAGAGAGAGAGAGAGAGAGAGAGAGAGAGAGAGAGCGCGCAGUAUUUCCGAGUGAAGUCUGUCGUGCGUCGUUUGAUCGCGAACGGAUCAUCGCGAGGACUUUGAAUAACGCCGAAACGUAGACUCUCCAAAUAGCACAAGACAUUCCAGAAUUCAUCUGGAAUGUUCCAAGCGCCUGAUGAGUACCCGCGGACGUUCUGAGAACAUGCAGAAUAAUGUCAGGACAUCCUGUGCUAUCUGGGUCGCGUUUUCGCAAGCGACUUCAACUAAUCGAGUCGAUGCCACUGGAGGGAAUCGCUCUCAUCCUGGCACAGCACAAAAGUCGCUUCGUCGAGCGUUGUCCAUUGGUGGCGCACCGUUGCAGCAGAAAGAGAGAGAGAGAGAGAGAGCGAAAAGUCGGAUUCCUUCGCGAGUCUCGUGAAGACACACAUUUUGCGCACAAAUGGCAAAAAACUUACGAGAAGGACUGCUGUUGGGCAUGGGAAAUCCCCUGCUCGAUAUCUCAGCAACUGUAGAUGAUGCAUUUUUAAAGAAAUAUGACCUAAAGUCCAACAAUGCUAUUUUGGCCGAGGACAAGCACAAACCUGUCUACGAGGAAUUGAUUAAAUUGUACAAAGCUGACUUUAUUGCAGGUGGAUCUGUACAAAAUACUAUGAGAGUAGCACAAUGGCUCCUGCAGAAACCAAAUGUAGCCACUUACAUGGGUUGUGUCGGUAGGGACAAAUACUCCAAGAUUUUGGAGGAUAAAGCAAUCGCAGCUGGUUUAAAUGUUCGAUAUCAGUACGUCGAUGAGGAACCAACUGGAACAUGCGCGGUUCUUAUUACGGGAAAAGAACGCUCUUUGUGCGCUAAUUUGGCGGCAGCGAAUUGCUUCUCACAGUCGCACAUUGAAAAGCCGGAAAACAAACGGCUCAUAGAAGCCGCAAAGUACAUUUAUGUAUCGGGAUUUUUCUUGACGGUCAGUCCAGAGUCCAUACAGACGGUAGCCAAACACGCGCACGAGAACGACAAACUGUUCAUGAUGAAUCUCAGCGCACCGUUCCUGUGCGAAUACUUCCAAACGCCGAUGUUAGCCGCCCUGCCGUACGUGGACAUAUUAUUUGGCAAUGAAACGGAAGCGGAUAUAUUCGCGAAGGUAAACAACCUCGGCGCGACCGACAGGAAGCAGAUCGCGAUGAAAAUCUCGGAGAUGGAGAAAAUCAACGGCAAGAGGAAACGAAUCGUCGUUAUAACGCAAGGCUGUGAGCCGGUGCUUGUAGCCAAAGACGGCACGGUGACGGAAUAUCCCGUUAGAAAACUGCCAGAGGAGAAGGUUGUGGAUACCAAUGGUGCUGGCGACGCUUUCGUUGGCGGUUUUCUCGCGCAACUCGUACAAGAUAAAAGUAUAGAAACUUGUACAAAGUGCGGAAUCUGGGCGGCCACGGAGAUCGUGCAAAUGUCCGGGUGUACUUACGAAGGAAAACCAAAUUUCCAGUCUUAAUAAAUGCCAAAGUAGCGAUAAUGUGUACUUAAUAAAGGCUUAAUCGUUUUUUCUA